CUGGCCAUUUUAGCAGAUGACUUCAUUGCAGAACUUUCCCUCUACAGAGGAAGAAAUUCUGCACAACAUUCACAUGUGUGAUAUUUGGGAGCAAUAUUGACUGGGAUACAGAAAAUGGGGCAGAAAGCAUCACAACAGGUGGCUCUGGAGAACAACAAAGAAAUUCUUGGUGUCUGUGAGGUGGCCAGUGAUGCUAUAGUUCAUGCAGCUCAAAAACUGAAGGAGUAUCUCGGAUUGGAGUAUCCUCUGAGUAGACUCUGCCCAGCUGCAAAUACCCUGAAUGAGAUCUUCUUAAUCCACUUCAUCACUUUCUGUCAAGAAAAAGGAGUUGAUGAAUGGCUUACUACCACCAAGAUGACCAAGCACCAAACCUUACUGUUUGGGGCAGACUGGAUCUGGACCUUUUGGGGAUCCGAUAAGCAAAUAAGGCUUCAGCUUGUCGUACAGACUCUGCAAAUGACUUCUCUUCCUCUAGUAGAGCCAAAGCCUUGUGAUCUCUUCAAUCCACAGUCAAGGCCAGAGGAGUCUUCCUGGAAGAAAAGUAGAUUUGAUAAGCUGGAAGAAUUCUGUAACUUGAUAGGAGAAGAUUGUCUGGGCCUGUUUAUCAUCUUUGGUGUGCCAGAAAAACCUAAAGAUGUCAGAGGAGUCAUCCUAGACAGCGUUAAAAGUGAGAUGCUGAGGAGCCAUCUGCCAGGACAGAAAGCUGUGGAACAAUUUGUCCUGGAUACUCAAGAGUGUGUCUCCAUGAGAGAGCUGCUCGGAAACUAUCUGAGUAAGAAAGACGGGCUGAGAGAGGUGGGCAAGGUUUAUAUUCGCAUCCUCUGA